AUGUCGACUGGGAACGACCGGAAAUCGAUUGAUCAAGAAAUCGAUCACGUAAGAGAGUGUAUAGAGAGGUGCAUGCAGAUGUAUAUGAACAAAAGGGAAACCGUGAACUUUCUCGCUACACAGGGGAACAUUCAGGCAGCUGUUACUAGAUUAGUGUGGGCGAGGCUUGAACGAGACAACCCAGAAUUUUUCAGGGCUUAUUAUGUAAUGUUGGCUGUGCAAGAGCAAAUAAUUGAAUUCAACAAGUUGCUUCCUGCACAAGUCGAGCUAAUGCGUCGAAUAGCACUGACGGGGAACACGAGUGUGUUCAAUUAUAGUCUUCCUCAAGCAACUCAAUACCGGAAUGUUGAUCUUCAAGAAAGCAGGCACUUAAAACCAGAGAAUAUGCGGCAAGUGUAUGUUAUAAACAACUAUGGACCAUCAAUCCAAGGAAAUCUUGAUCGGCCCUUUCAAAUUAGAGAAACUAAUGAUGUUUACCCAAACAUGUUAUUGCCUCAAUACCACCCGAAUGCGGGUUUGGAACAAACAGAGAAUGCGCAGAUAUUUGGCGGAGGCCGAUCGGAUUUAAGUUUUGUGGCACGUGGCAAUUUGAUGCAUCAUCAUCAGCUGAAUUCGGCAGCUGCUGAGUACCCAGUUGAUUACUCAUCUGGCAGUUCGGGUCUUUCUCUCCCUAGUAAUGCAGCACCACAUUAUCUCGACAAUUUUCUCUUCAAUAUUGGGUUCGAAAUCAACAAAUAUAGCUCUAGGGACAUGCUUUCCUCACCCGAUUUCGAUGAAGAAGCGCGCGAGGAUGACCUCACACGCGACACUCGUAGCGACCGGACUGAGGCCUCAAUAGCUCAAGACCUUGCGCCGCGAAGCCUUGCCGAGCCCCGACAGCUCGACGUGAACCAGGGACAUGUUUGA